UGCAUGCUCAGAACUCACUCUUUCCUGAGUACUUGGGCGCAGGAAAGAAGCAUGAAGUGGCUUGGGAUCCUUGGGCUGGUGGCCCUCUCUGAGUGCCUAGUCGUAAUCCCUCUAACAAAGACCAAGACCAUGAGAGAAACCCUCAGGGAAAAAAACUUGCUGACAAACUUCCUGGCGAUGAACACUGACUACAGGUUGCAGAAUUUCCCUCGUGUCCGGAAAUUGUCUCUUCAUCCCCUGAGGAACUACCUGGAUCUAGCCUAUUUCGGCGACAUCACCAUUGGAACGCCCCCUCAGCAGUUCAAGGUCCUCUUUGACACUGGCUCGGGUAACCUGUGGGUGCCCUCCAUCUACUGCAGCAGUGCCCCCUGCCGUACACACGAGGUCUUCAACCCUCACAAGUCCACCACCUUCCGGCCCUCGGCCCAGCACGUCGACCUCACCUACGGCUCCGGGAGGAUGGUUGGAUUUCUUGGCUACGACACUGUUCGGAUCGGGAAACUUAUCGAUAUGGGCCAGCCGUUUGCCCUGAGCCAGUCACAGUUUGGGAUGGAACACGCACCCUUCGAUGGCAUGCUGGGCUUGGCCUACCCCAGCCUCGCCAUCCAAGGGACCACCCCCAUCUUCGACACCCUGAGGAGACGAGGCCUCAUUCCUCAGCCUGUCUUUGCCUUCUACUUGAGCACCCAGAAGGAGAAUGGGAGCGUGGUGAUGCUUGGCGGGGUGGACCACCGCUACCACAAAGGAGAGCUCCAGUGGAUACCAGUGUCCGGAAACCACUACUGGCAGAUAACCAUGAGCCGCAUCACCAUGAACAAAGUGGUUUUCGGUUGUUUCCGCGGCUGCCAGGCCAUUGUGGAUACUGGGACCUCGUACAUAGUUGGCCCAAGUAGACUGAUCAACACCAUGCGGAGGCUCAUCGGCACCAGACUUGUCAAUCACGAGUAUGCGGUUUCAUGUAGCUCUGUGGCUCGCCUGCCUACUAUCGUCUUCACCAUCAACGGCAAGGACUACCCAGUGCCCCCUCAAGCCUACAUCAGAAAGAGCCCUCGGGGCCUCUGCCUCAGCACCCUGGCAGGGGGCACAGAGAACUUACGCCAGUCGGAGACCUGGAUCCUGGGCGACGUCUUCCUGAGGCUGUAUUUCUCGGUUUACGAUCGGGGAAACAACAGGGUUGGCCUGGCUCCCGCAGUGUAAAGGCUGGGGCCGCUUCAGCAAUCAAUCAGGCCCCCUCCAAACACACACUCGCUCACACGUAGGGCACUCCCACCCAGGGGUGGCGGUGGACUGUGUUUGGUGCUCUGCAAAGCCCCAU